AUGUUGGCUGAGUUUGAUCCUGUAAUGAUCGAACAUGUUCAGCGUAUUACUAGUGGUAAGAUUCAUCACCAUUAUCUGAGUAAUGACAUUCAAAACGAGUUGAUACUUUUGCUUUCCUCCAAGAUUAGAUCUAUUAUUAUCAAUAGAAUAAAAGAAGCUAGAUAUUUUUCUGUGAUGUUGGAUUGCACACCAGAUGCUAGUCACCAGGAACAAAUGACUCUAAUUAUAAGGUAUGUUGAUGGCUCUUCUAAUACUUUUAAAAUUGAAGAAUUUUUUAUUGAGUUCUUACAAGUUAAUGAUACAACUGGCCAAGGGCUUUUUAAAGUGUUAGAAGAUGUGCUUAAAUCUCAUGAUCUUGAUAUAGAUAAUAUUAGAGGUCAAGGAUAUGAUAAUGGGUCUAAUAUGAAAGCUAUUUCAUCAUUGAAAAAGAGGUUUGAACAAUAUGAAUUAUAUGAGAGUGUUUUUGGAUUUUUGUUUACUUCUGAAAAUUUGCAAUCAAUGGAUGACAUUAAACUCCAAUCAUGUUGUAGUCACUUUGAAAAUGCUCUUAGGAGAGGUGAGUUUUCUGAUUGUCAUGGAAAUGAUCUUUUUACUGAGUUAAAAUCGCUUAGAGAGAUGUUACCUAAGGAAAUGAUGGGAGCAAUGGAUAUAUUAAGGUUCUUGAAACGCUUCAAUUGCUUUCCAAAUGUCACAAUUGCAUACAGAAUUUUAUUUAAUAUACCUGUUACUGUUGCUUCUGCAGAGAGGAGUUUUUCAAAGCUAAAGUUGCUCAAGUCAUACUUAAGGACAACCAUGACACAAGAAAGACUAAAUGGACUUGCUUUAAUAUCUAUUGAGAGUGAUAUUUUGGAAGACGUUGAUAUUGAAACUUUUAUAGAUGAUUUUGUUUCAAAGAAUGUAACACGAGUAUCACGUUUUAAGUGA